GUUUAUUUUAAAAUUUUUUAUUCAUUCAAUUGAAAUUUAUUAACCAAGUGAAGCGUACUUCGGAACUAUUGUGAGUCACCUAACAAACGAUUACAGUUCUGAAUAUGAGGUUUUGGAUGACAAGGAAUUACUUGCUGCUAGAUGGACUUUCAAAAGUGAAGAGAAUGAUGGUACACAGGUUACAUCCAAGAUAACUAGUCUGAUAUAUCCAAAUGGGAAGAUAUCUUUUUAUUAUGACAAUAUUCCCACAAAAAUUGAGGAAGGUAAGUGGAUGCCGAAAAUCGCUUUUAUAGACAACUGUAUACAAGAAUUUUGUCCAAAAUACAAUUCUACUGAAGCAUGCGACAACGCAUCAACAUUGAAUACAACAUGCAUUUGGUGUGAAAGAAUAAACAUGUGCAUUGAUAGUAAUGAUAAGGAUACUCAUAGCAUGAAAGUGGAUGAUUGCCGCGUUAAGAUGACUACAAAAGUUACUGAACGCCCCACGGACACUACCGAACGGACUGAUCGAUCCCCGGAUACGACUGUCGAAACAACUAGAAACGAUAAACAGAAGAAAACCUCUCAGUGCUUAUAUGUUUUGAUAUUUUUGGUCAUCUCCUUUUUUGUUUCAUGCAUCAGUUGUAUUAUUGGGAGAUCGUUGUAUAAAAGGAGAAAAGUAAUGAAUUAUUCUCAGUAACAUCUUAAAAUGAGUCUCAGAAACGCUGUAUGCCCCGCUUUUAUUAUUCUGAACGACUGUUUAUAUUUCAUAUUUCAUUAAAUAGCUUAAUAUUUAAUCAUUCAUUUCAAUACGUUUGUCAAUUUCUUCAUGUAAUUAUGUAUAUUCUUGUUCCUUCUUACGCAGUGAGUGAUGUAAUUUGUUGGACAAAAUAUCAAACAUGAUAUGUAAUGUUUGCCUGCUUGUUUUCAUAAAAUAUAAACUGUAAAUCUUCACCGGAGUUUCAC